CCGCCCGGCACCAGCCGCUAUGGCCCCGACCCCAACAACCACCCUGACCAAAAAGAAUUAUCCAACAUUUCAUCAGGAACCUAGACUCCGGCUCUGACGGCAACGCUCCCUUUGUCAUUGGCAACGAUGGCGUCCUCCGAACUCUGACACAAGACUGGGACGUGAUAGGCGCCAUUGGCCUUCCACCCCGACUGAUCAGAGCUUUUCUUGACCGGACCACAUUUGACCAGGAAAUAGAUGACAUGUUUUGCGGAGCGGAUGGAACGAGAGUGCCCCAGGAGCAGUGGUGGAAGCCAGAUCCAUCGUUGUUACCACCGCCGAUGACGGUGGAGGAAAAAGCGCGGAUCGAGAAGGCUAAUGAGGAGAACAAGGAAAUAAUUCAGGAGAAUAUUAGGGAAAUGGAAAGUAGAUAGCUGUAAC